AGCACUCUUUCUCUCUUCUUUCAAUCUAUUUGCUUUCUCCGACACACACAUUCUGUUCUUUCUCUCUCUAGUUCUUGAUCAUGGCUGAAAUCUUUUUCAAUUCCACACCUGAAUCUGAACUCAAAUCACCUUUUCAAAAAAUCCUAGCUUACCUCAAACUAAGAAUUCGACGAUUUCUAUUAGCUAUCAUUCUCUUAGAACUCCUAAUCGCAGCUUUAAUAACCCGUCCACCCAUAGCCUCCACCCGCCCACCCAACAUCUCCCCCCAGCAGCCCAAACCCAUCUCCGGCGACUGCCAUUCCGGCCUAAUUUACGUCUAUGAUCUCCCUCCCCUCUUUAAUUCCGAUUUGUUCAAUGACUGUCAUCUUCUCGAUCCAUGGCGUUCUGUUUGCGAUUCUUUCUUGAACAAUGGUCUCGGCCGGAAAGCUCACGAACUCGCCGGAGUCGUGCCUCAGAAUCUAGCUCCGAUGUGGUAUUGGACUGAUCAUUACAUGGGUGAGGUUGUUUAUCAUCAUCGGAUGUUGAAUUAUAAAUGUAGAACUCUUGAUCCUGAAAAGGCGACAGCUUUUUAUAUACCGUUUUACGUUGGAUUAGCAGUUGGGAAAUAUUUAUGGGGUAAUCAUACAGCUAAGGAACGAGAUUGGCAUUGUGAAAUGAUGUUUAAAUGGGUUCAGAAUCAUCCAUGGUGGAAAAGAUCAAAUGGGUCCGAUCAUUUCUUAAUGGUUGGCCGAUUAACAUGGGAUUUCCGGCGAUUGACAGAUUCCGACGAAGAAUGGGGUUCCAGUUUCCUAGUCAUGCCGGAGAUGAAAAACGUGAUUAGACUCUCCGUUGAGAGAAAUUUAUGGGACAGUUUAGAACUCGCCGUACCUUAUCCAACAAUUUUCCAUCCACGAUCGAAAUCAGAUGUGUCUGAAUGGCAAAGUUUCGUCCGAGGAAGAAACAGAACAAAUCUGUUCACUUUGGUCGCAGCGACGAGAAAGAAAAUAACAAACGAUUUCAGAGGAUUAUUACUAAACCAAUGUCUAAACGCAACAUCUGAUAAAUGUCUGUUUAUUGAUUGUGCGAAAAGUCACUGCGUUGAAGGAACGUCGGUGAUUCUUGAAGCGUUCAUGGGAUCUGAGUUCUGUUUACAACCUAAAGGAGACGGAUUUACUCGUCGGUCAGUUUUCGAUUGUAUGAUCGCCGGUUCAAUACCGGUGUUUUUCUGGAAGCAAACUGCGUAUGAACAGUAUGAAUGGUUUAUGCCAGACGAUCCUGGGAGUUAUUCAGUUUAUAUAGAUAGGAAUGAAGUGAGGAAAGGGAAAUCGAUUAAGGAGGUUUUGGAAAGUUACAGUAGAGAGAGAGUAGAAAAGAUGAGAGAGAAAGUGAUUGAAUGGAUUCCGAGAUUUCUUUAUGGAGAAGGAGAUGGAGGAAUUGAUGGGUUGAGCGAUGCGUUUGAGAUUGCGAUUAAUGGGAUGUUAAAAAAGUAUAAGAAUCAUAUUAGACGACGUGAAAAUGAAAAUGGGUCUGAUUGAUUGAACAUAUGAACAUACGGCCGCCAUUGUUGCUCUGCAAAUUUCAAGAUUUUGUAUAUCAUGGCGUUUUGUUUACCAAGAUUUUAAAUUUAAAUUUAAUUUUUUAUUUAUUUUGUAGGAAAUUUUAAAUAAUUAUAUUUUGGAAAUUUUUGUUUUUAAAAUUAUUUAUUGAAAAAGUAUGAGCUGUGUCGGUCCCGAUUCUGUCCGGAAGGUGCAUGAAGGAGACGUGUGCGGACUCAACUGUUAACACUUGCUGUGCUUAUCCUUUUCUAGUUAAGAGCUUGUUUGAUUUAAAGUAUUUAAAUUUAAUGUUUAUAAUUUUAUUUUCAU